AGAGGAGGAGUGCUGACGCGGCUCUCCUGUCCUCAUUCACCGACGUGUCAGUCUUCUUCUACCCGGAGCUGGUCACUGCACACUCAUGGCACCCAAAAGCAGCAGCAAGCAGCAGUCAGAGGAAGACCUUCUCCUCCAAGACUUCAGCAGAAACCUGUCGGCAAAGUCCACAGCUCUGUUUUACGGGAAUGCGCUCAUCGUGUCUGCCAUCCCCAUCUGGCUGUUUUGGAGGAUCUGGCACAUGGACCUUGUCCAGUCUGCGGUGCUGUACGCUGUGAUGACUCUGGUCAGCACCUACCUGGUUGCUUUUGCAUACAAGAACGUCAAGUUUGUGCUCAAACACAAAGUUGCGCAGAAACGGGAGGAUGCUGUUUCCAAGGAGGUAACCAGGAAGUUGUCUGAGGCAGACAACCGCAAGAUGUCGCGCAAGGAGAAGGACGAGAGGAUUCUGUGGAAGAAGAAUGAGGUCGCUGAUUACGAGGCCACCACCUUCUCCAUCUUCUACAACAACACUCUCUUCCUGGUUCUCGUCAUCAUCGCCUCUUUCUUCUUGCUCAAGAACUUCAACCCCACCGUCAACUACAUUCUGUCCAUCAGUGCCUCUUCAGGGCUCAUUGCUUUGCUAUCCACUGGCUCAAAAUAAAGGAAGGGUGGGGAGAACUGUUGGGAUGGGAUUGGAGGAUAGGGUUAAGGAAUUGUACACUCAAGUUAGGAACAGGGUUGACAAGGGGAAUAUGACAUUUCAUGUUCAUGAAAUUCAUGAUCAAAUUACUUCCAGAGGGUUUCUACAGAUCUGCCUUGUUUUUGUGGGAUUUUUCUAACAAAUAAAGCAAGUAGGUAUACUUGUCCUUCGUUUCAAUUCA